AACUACAUAUAUGCCGACGGACGACGGCUGAGUGUCGAUCUAGUGAAGUGUCAAUCUCCUACCUCUGCGCGUCGUUGUGAUAUUUGAUUGAAGUAAACAAACAGCAACGGGUGCAAAUAGGUUUAAAAGUUUUGCUCGUACAAUAAUGUCCGCAAUUCUUCAAUUAUGUUUUAUAGCAAUCUUUGUUAUCACAUCGGCCACGGCGUACGAGAAAUCGGAUAUAAUAUCUGCCAAAAUAGAGACUUGCAGAGGAUGUUCACUUAACCGCCUUCCCGAAGUUAAAAGUUUUGUGAUGGAAGACGCCCCUUUUUACGACAAGUUAGAGGUUAAGUUUAUCAGUGGUGCUAUUCCAGAGCUCAUUUUUCUAGGCGAGGGUAACAAGGAAUUGGAGCGCCUCGCAUUGUCUGAACUUAGUCGUCAAGAAUGUAACGAUGUCUUACUCGAUGCAGGUUUCAUCAAAAAAACAAAGAAGAAUGAAGAAUUCUAAUGUAAAUGUAAAAUGCAUUUGUAUAACCCAGAUAAUAUUCGCAUUUGGAAUUUGUAAGAGAGUUUUGACUAAGAAAGGGUGAUACAAAUAUUAGUUAAUAAGUCUAAGUGUAUCAAUUCAAAGAGUCACAGAUCACAUUAAACUAUAUCAGAAAGUGUUAUACAUAAUAUUAAUCCACCAACUGUGAAAUAAUGUAAUUUAAACCAAAAAUGUAACAGAUCAAACUACUUAGAAACUUAACUUGUGUAGUUUAAAGAUAUGAUAUGAUAAGUAGGUAAAUAGCUACCAACCUAUUCAUAUACAAUGCAUCAAUACAGAACAUUCAAGUACCUACCUACUUAUUCUGCCUAAGUAAUUAUUGUCAAGUUUAUCAUAUUUUAAUAAUUAUUGUAUUCUUAUACUUAGUUCUUUCACUGCUUUCAGUGCAUGAUGUAUCCCAAUUCAGUGAUAAAGAAAUAUUAAAUUACAUUCCAACAGGGACUGGCAGUUUUAAUGUACCUAAUAUGUUUUUCAAUAAAGAUAAAUAAUUUGAUUUAUUUCAGACU